CACAUUCUCAUGUUCACGUACGGUGCCUGGGGGCAUGCGCGACCUCUAUGUAACCUCGCUUCCAAAAUCGUUCAGUCCCGGUCUACCUACAUCACGCUGUUGACGUCGCCAUCGCUGGUCGACAAGGUCCACAACGAGAUCGGGCGCAGUUUCGGGCCAGACGAAGAAAAUACGAAGCAACGCAUCAGGUUCGCUCUCCAUCUACCUCCCUCCUCAUGCGCAUCCCAACGCGCCGCUGAGGAGCCGUUCCACGAACUCUUCGUGAGGUUACUGAGGCAAGAAACCGUCCAGUGCGCGCUGAAACUCACGACCUUUGAGCCGAUCGCGCCUCCGUCUGUUGCCAUCCUCGACUUCUUCGGUGCAUGCGUCUUGCGCGUCAUUCGCGAGCUGGCGCCUUCCACAAAGAUCUACGCUUGGCAGAGCGGUGCGACGAGCGCCGUCCUCCGCCUCUUCGGUCCGAAGGAGUUCGGGGGAAUGGGUGACCUCAGGCCGGUGUUGGAGGGCGUCUCGGCCAAGACUGGCCAGACCAUGGGCGAGGUCCUGUCCGAGAUGAAGAGGAACUUGCCAGGGGAGCUCCGGCACAUGCCCGGCCUCCCUCCGAUGUAUGAUUACGAGGAUUUCCCUCAGGAGAUGCCGGUGGCGUUUGAUGAGUCGCUGGUGCAGGUAUCUCUGUGCGGCCACGAGUUCUUCCAGAAAUGCGAUGGUGUGAUCCAAGUCUCAGACCCGGUUUGCGACCCCGGCGUCGAAGCCAUGGAGCGAUGGCAAGCGUCCUUCUCUCCGCCACGCAAGGUGUACAACAUCGGACCGCAGUUCCCGACGCGAACCGGUGCCGGUGGCGAGCUCGCUCUGUCUCCAAAGGCCAAGGAGAUCGUCGCCUUCCUCGAUUCCGCACUUCAAGCGCAUGGACUAGCCUCUGUCGUAUACAUCUCGUUCGGCACGCUAUUCGGACCAUGGGCCAAGCCAGACGGUCUGUGGGCGGUGUUAGACGUGCUCAUGGAGAACAAAGUGCCAUUCAUUUUCAGCCAUGCAUCCCCCAUGGCAGUCAUACCCGACUCUGUCGCAGAAAAAGUGAAGAACUCCGGCGUAGGCGUGCUCUCCCAGUGGUCUCCGCAGCAGGACAUCCUGUCGCACCCUGCGACCGGCUGGUUCUUGACCCACGCGGGUUAUAAUAGCGCGAUGGAAGGCAUGAGCUCCGGGAUCCCCAUGAUCUGCUGGGAUUUCUCCGCCGACCAGCCUCUUGUUGCCGCCACGUUGAGCAGCGUGCUCGACGUGGCGUACCAGCUGUUCGAGGUUCGCACCGGGCCGGAAGGCCUGCGCCCGAUCUAUCGGACGGGCAAGGCUCCGGAGGGCACGAUCGAGGCCGUGCGACGUGAGCUUGCGGAAGUGCUGGACAAGAUGCGCGGCGAGGACGGGGCGAGGAAGCGGGAGAACGUGAAGAUGAUCCAGCAGGAGCUGACCGCCACGGUGCGGGAGGGUGGGCGCGCGAGGCAGGCGUUCGUGCAGCUUCUAGACGACUUGGAUCUCUAGGGCCAUGCAACUGGUGUGAUUGGGGCUUCUAUGUAGUGAAUUUGGGUUUAACCAUGGGGCCACGGCCGCUGUACGAGAAAACAUAUGUAGAUAUCUUCUCACUGCAAUGCCAUGCGCCACGUC